UAGGGGAGGGAGUAGUCGGUUGACUGACUCAUUCUGUGGCUCCCGUCCCCGGAGAAGUCAAAACACAAACAGGCUUGAAGAGCUUGCAGAGUCAGCCCAGCGGGGCCGCAGCGCACAAGCCCGGGCAAGAGCUGCCCUCUGAGCUCUGGUAGAUAGCAUGAAGGGCCCCAGCCUCCUCCAGACACUUUGGAGACUCUUAUUCUCCCUGUCUGUGGUCUUAGCUGUCUCUGGUGAGGAUUGUGAUCCCAGCCUGUGUCUGAAUGGAGGUACUUGUCUGAAUGGAAGCGAGAGUUCCACUUUCUACUGCCUCUGCCCUGAUGGAUUCACUGGGCAGAACUGCAACGAGACUGAGCAAGGGCCCUGCACCCCCAAUCCCUGCCAAAACAAUGGCCAGUGCCGAGUGGUGACUGAGUCUCGGCGAGGAGAUGUCUUUGCCCAGUAUGUCUGUGACUGUCCUGAAGGAUAUGAGGGCCCUCAUUGCCAGAGAGCAAGCAGUUCCAUGAAUGAAUGCAACAUACAGCCUUGCAAGAACGGUGGCACCUGCUUUGACCAGGAAGAAGGCUACAUCUGCAAGUGUCCUUUCCCGUUCAUGGGAAGGUCUUGCCAGUCCCCUUGCAAUAUGCCACUAGGCAUGGAGGGAGGUGCCAUUGCUGAUUUCCAGAUUUCAGCCUCAUCUGUACAUUACAGCUUUCUGGGGAUGCAGCGUUGGGGGCCAGAGUUGGCCCGGCUCAACGCUAAAGGGAUUGUCAAUGCCUGGACUGCCAGCAACUAUGACAAGAAUCCCUGGAUACAGGUGAACCUUUUGCGGAAGAUGAGAAUAACAGGCAUCAUGACACAGGGUGCCAGCCGGACAGGCAGUUCUGAAUAUCUGCGGACCUUCAAAGUGGGAUAUAGCAAUGAUGGGAACAUUUUUGAAUACAUCAAGGAGCCAAACCAACUCAGGGACCAGGUCUUUGUGGGGAACAUAGACAACAGUGGCCUGAAGACCAACAUUUUUGAUCCACCUUUGGUGACCCAGUUUGUGCGUAUCGCUCCUGUUGUCUGCCGUAGAGCAUGUACCCUCCGGUUUGAGCUUUUUGGUUGUGAAGUGGAAGGUUGUUCUGAGCCUCUGGGUAUGAAGUCUGAGAUCAUCCCUGACAGUAGGAUCACAGCUUCGAGUACCUUCAAGACGUUUGGCCUGGAUGCUUUCAGCUGGCAUCCCUAUUUUGCUCGAUUGGACAAACAAGGCAAAUUCAAUGCCUGGACCGCUCAGAGCAAGGAGGACACUGAGUGGCUGCAGAUUGACUUGGGUAUCCCGAAGCGGGUGACAGGCAUCAUCACUCAGGGGGCCCGGGACUUUGGGAAUAUCCAGUAUGUAUCAGCAUACAAAGUGGCCUAUAGUAAUGAUACCAAAUCGUGGACUGUAUACAAGGACGGCCGAACGAACAGUAGCAAGAUCUUUUUAGGAAACUCAGACAACAAUUCCCACCAGAAGAACAUAUUUGAGACCCCUUUCUACUCUCAGUUUGUCCGGAUCCUGCCUGUUGCCUGGCAUGGGCGUAUCACCUUGAGGGUGGAGCUGCUGGGCUGUAAGGAGUAGAGCCCCUCCCCUUGUGGGAGAGACUGGACCAGGCCUGAAGUGGGUGUGAGGUUUGAGGCCAGGCUUGCCUUCUUCCUCCCCCUAACCCUGUCUCCAGCCUCUGUGCCUCACUUGCCUCUGCCUGCAUGUCCCAUGUCUCAGCCCCUAGGAACAGGAUGAGCAGCAGAGGUUCACCGCCUGAUUGUAGUUGAAACCUGGGGUGGGGUGGGUGGGAGGGGCUUCAGGGCCCCCUGUUUUUCUCUGUAGGGGACAGGCUUUGCCUAGGGUGACCCUCACCCUCACGCUCACACUGCUGUGGCCCCCACAGCUGUUGCACACUGGGGACCUGGGUCCAUAACCCAUACAUUGGGAAUUAUUUCAGAUUUAUUUAGUUUCAAUCAUUUUCAUAAAUCUUAAGAGUUCUGCAUAGAGAAGUAUGAUUGGUAUGUAAGAAGUCUGUGUUAUAUGUGUGGGAAUGGGUAAUAUGUAUAAGUGGGGUUUGUGUGUUAUGAAUUGCAGUGGAGAGUGAGUGAGAGAGAAAGAGAGAGAGAGAGAGAGAGAGAGAGAGAGUGUGUGUGUGUGUGUGUGUGUGUGUGUGUGUGUGUGUUGUGUGUGCUGUAUCUGCUUUCUUUCCCCCAUCUACCUUUCCCCUUCCUCUCUAAGGCUUGUUUUUAGAGGCAGAAAUGUAGGGAGAAUUGAUGGUAGAAAGGCCCACUCUUCUCUUCAAUUUCCUACUACCCUCCCUGCCUUUUCUUCCUCCAGCUGUCUAGAAAAAAAAAAUAAAAAGGAUCUGCAGUGACUUUCUAUACUGAUGACCCCUAGCAGGGGUCCUCCUCCUACCUGUCAGUUGUACACUCUGAGGCAAGAGUAACAGGAGGGGGAGGGGAUCUUCCAGCAGGCUGAUACUUGCCUUUAUCCCUUUAUCUCCUACAGACUCUCCUGUUUCCUUUCAGUCCUCUCCUUUGAUACCCAGAAGAAGGGGAUAUUAAUUAAAAAAAAAAUCUCAAGAAGGAGAUGGGGAUGGGAGUGGAGACAUUGCUAUAGGGCUCAGGAAAAGGGUCUGAGAAAUAUCACUUGGGGCCAAAGGAUUAGUCUAUUACCCUAAAAAAGCUGACCGAGAGGGGUCAGAUGAAUGCAGGGGCUCUGAUGCCUUCUCCUUACCCUCGUGAUUGUAACACAGGGUGGGUAAUUGCUCAAAUAUAUUUAUACUUAACAACUCA